GCGGGCGGCGCAGCGCAGGGCAGCGCAGGGCAGCGCGGAGCCGGCCCGAGGGUUGGCGAAGUUUGCCGGAACAUGGCGGAGGAGGUUGGGGCGCGCAGGAGCUUGGCGGCGCGGUGGCUGGCGCCCCAGGAGUUUUAGCAGCCGUCGCCGCCGCCCCGGGCCGAAGUCGCCGCCAUGGCCCGCUGGAUCCCGACCAAGCGGCAGAAGUAUGGAGUUGCGAUCUAUAACUACAAUGCCUCUCAAGAUGUGGAGCUCUCCCUGCAGAUCGGAGACUCGGUCCACAUCCUGGAGAUGUACGAGGGUUGGUACAGAGGAUAUACUCUCCAAAAUAAAUCUAAAAAGGGUAUUUUCCCUGAAACGUAUAUCCAUUUGAAAGAGGCAACUGUGGAAGACCGAGGGCAGAACGAGACUGUGAUUCCUGGUGAGCUCCCACUGGUGCAGGAGCUCACGGCCACGCUGCGAGAAUGGGCUGUCAUCUGGAAAAAGCUUUACGUGAACAACAAGGUCACACAAUUCCGUCGGCUGCAGCAGAUGACUUACAGCCUGAUCGAGUGGCGGUCCCAAAUCCUGUCUGGAACACUCCCCAAGGACGAACUGGCAGAGCUCAAGAAGAAGGUCACAGCCAAAAUCGACCAUGGGAACAGAAUGCUUGGGUUAGAUCUGGUGGUGCGAGAUGACAACGGAAACAUCUUGGACCCAGAUGAAACCAGCACGAUUGCCCUCUUCAAGGUCCAUGAAAUGGCCUCAAAAAGGAUUGAAGAAAGGAUUCAAGAAGAAAAGUCAAUCCUGCAGAACCUGGACUUGCGGGGCCAGUCCAUCUUCAGUGCCUUCCAUACCUAUGGCCUCUAUGUCAACUUCAAGAACUUUGUCUGCAACAUUGGGGAAGAUGCAGAGUUGUUCAUGGCCCUCUACGACCCAGACCAGUCCACUUUCAUCAGUGAGAACUACCUAAUUCGUUGGGGCAGUAAUGGGAUGCCCAAGGAAAUAGAGAAGCUUAAUAACCUUCAGGCAGUCUUCACUGACCUCAGCAGCACAGACCUCAUCCGGCCCCGCAUCAGCCUUGUGUGCCAGAUUGUCCGGGUGGGCCACAUGGAGCUAAAGGAAGGCAAAAAGCAUACCUGUGGACUCCGAAGACCCUUUGGAGUAGCGGUGAUGGAUAUUACCGAUAUCAUACAUGGGAAGGUGGAUGAUGAAGAAAAGCAGCAUUUUAUUCCCUUUCAGCAAAUCGCCAUGGAAACCUAUAUCCGGCAGAGGCAGCUAAUCAUGUCACCCCUGAUAGCAUCCCAUGUGAUUGGGGAAAAUGAGCCACUCACUUCAGUCUUGAAUAAAGUGAUAGCAGCAAAGGAAGUGAACCACAAAGGACAAGGGCUUUGGGUGUCCUUGAAGUUAUUGCCAGGUGAUCUCACACAAGUUCAGAAGAAUUUUUCACACUUGGUGGAUAGAUCAACAGCAAUCGCCCGAAAAAUGGGCUUUCCCGAAAUAAUCCUUCCAGGAGAUGUUCGAAACGAUAUUUAUGUCACCCUGAUCCAUGGUGAGUUUGACAAAGGGAAAAAGAAGACGCCCAAGAACGUAGAGGUGACCAUGUCUGUGUGUGACGAGGAGGGCAGUACCUUGGAGAAAGCAGUUCAUCCUGGCGCUGGAUACGAAGGCGUGUCAGAGUACAAAUCAGUGGUCUAUUACCAGGUCAAACAGCCCUGCUGGUAUGAGACUGUCAAGGUAUCCAUUGCGAUAGAAGAGGUUACUCGCUGCCAUAUAAGGUUUACCUUCCGGCACCGAUCGUCUCAGGAAUCCAGAGAUAAAUCGGAGCGAGCAUUUGGGGUGGCCUUUGUGAAACUGAUGAACCCAGAUGGCACCACACUGCAGGAUGGGAGGCAUGACCUGGUGGUUUAUAAGGGAGAUAACAAGAAAAUGGAAGACGCUAAGUUCUACCUGACCCUACCUGGAACCAAGGUAGAGAUGGAAGAAAAAGAGCUCCAAGCAUCCAAAACCCUGACCAACUUUACCCCAGCCAAGGAGAGCACAAAAGAUAGUUUUCAGAUUGCCACCCUCAUUUGCUCCACAAAGCUUACCCAGAACGUUGACUUGUUAGGCUUGUUAAAUUGGCGUUCGAACUUCCAGAACAUUAAACACAACUUAAAGAAGUUAAUGGAGGUGGAUGGAGGAGAGAUUGUUAAGUUUUUGCAAGAUACACUAGAUGCACUUUUUAACAUAAUGAUGGAAAUGUCAGACAAUGAAACAUAUGACUUUCUUGUGUUUGAUGCACUGGUGUUUAUUAUUUCACUGAUAGGAGACAUCAAGUUCCAGCAUUUUAAUCCUGUCCUGGAAACCUACAUCUACAAGCACUUCAGUGCCACUUUGGCAUAUGUGAAACUCUCCAAGGUACUGAACUUUUAUGUGGCUAAUGCAGAUGACUCCAGCAAGACAGAACUGCUUUUUGCUGCUUUGAAAGCCUUAAAGUACUUAUUUAGAUUCAUCAUCCAAUCUAGAGUCCUCUACUUGAGAUUUUAUGGCCAAAGUGAAGAUGGAGAUGAAUUUAAUAAUUCAAUCCGCCAGUUAUUUCUUUCUUUCAAUACACUAAUGGACAGGCCCCUGGAGGAAGCUAUCAAGAUCAAGGGUGCAGCUCUGAAAUACCUUCCUAGCAUAAUUAAUGAUGUCAAACUUGUGUUUGAUCCUGUUGAGCUCAGUGUGCUCCUCUGCAAGUUCAUUCAAAGCAUUCCUGACAACCAGUUAGUUCACCAGAAGCUUAACUGCAUGACCAAGAUAGUAGAGAGUAAUCUUUUUCGGCAGUCAGAGUGCAGAGACGUGCUCCUGCCACUGCUGAUAGACCAGCUCAGCGGCCAGUUAGACGACAACUCCAGCAAGCCUGACCAUGAGGCAAGCUCACAGCUUCUGAGCAACAUCCUGGACGUGCUGGACAGGAAAGAUGUGGGCCCCACCGAGGAGCACAUACAGCUGAUAAUGGAGCGGUUGCUGAGAAGGGUCAACCGGACAGUGAUCGGGAUGAGCCGGCAGUCUCCGCACAUUGGGAGUUUUGUUGCGUGCAUGAUUGCCAUCCUGCGGCAAAUGGAUGACAACCACUACACCCACUAUAUCAGCACUUUCAAAACCAGACUAGACAUCAUGGACUUCCUCAUGGAAACUUUUAUCAUGUUUAAGGAUCUAAUUGGAAAGAAUGUCUAUGCGAAAGACUGGAUGGUCAUGAAUAUGACUCAGAGCAGGGUUUUCCUCCGUGCCAUAAAUCAGUUUGCUGAGGUUCUCACAAGGCGCUUUAUGGAUCAGGCAAGCUUUGAACUUCAGCUCUGGAACAAUUACUUUCAUUUGGCAGUAGCGUUUCUUACCCACGAGUCCCUUCAGCUUGAAACCUUCUCUCAAGCCAAGCGCACCAAAAUUAUAAAAAAAUAUGGAGACAUGAGGAAGGAAAUCGGCUUUCGGAUCCGGGAUAUGUGGUAUAACCUGGGUCCCCACAAAAUCAAAUUCAUCCCAUCCAUGGUGGGUCCCAUUCUGGAGGUCACAUUGAUCCCUGAAGUAGAGCUUCGUAAAGCCACCAUCCCCAUUUUCUUUGAUAUGAUGCAGUGUGAGUUCAAUUUCAGUGGAAAUGGCAAUUUCCAUAUGUUUGAGAAUGAGUUGAUCACAAAGCUGGACCAAGAGGUGGAAGGGGGCAGAGGAGAUGAGCAGUACAAGAUCCUUCUGGAAAAACUGCUCCUAGAACAUUUCCGGAAACAUAAAUACCUCUCCAGCUCUGGAGAAGUAUUUGCGCUCCUAGUCAGCAGCCUCCUAGAGAAUCUCUUGGACUACAGAACCAUCAUCAUGCAUGAUGAAAGCAAGGAAAACCGGAUGAGCUGCACUGUUAACGUGCUGAAUUUUUAUAAAGAAAAGAAGAGAGAGGACAUAUACAUAAGGUACUUGUACAAGCUGCGGGAUUUGCACCGAGACUGUGAGAACUACACGGAGGCUGCCUACACUCUGCUCCUGCAUGCCGAGCUGCUGCAGUGGUCUGACAAGCCUUGUGUACCCCAUUUGCUUCAGAGGGACAGUUACUGUGUUUAUACCCAGCAAGAGCUUAAGGAGAAGCUGUAUCAGGAAAUCAUAUCCUAUUUUGACAAAGGCAAAAUGUGGGAGAAGGCAAUCAAACUGAGCAAAGAGCUGGCUGAGACCUAUGAGAGCAAAGUGUUUGACUACGAGGGCCUGGGCCAUCUCCUGAAAAAAAGAGCCUCGUUUUAUGAGAACAUCAUUAAGGCCAUGAGGCCUCAGCCUGAGUACUUUGCUGUUGGAUACUAUGGACAGGGCUUUCCUUCAUUCCUACGGAACAAAAUCUUCAUCUACCGGGGAAAGGAGUAUGAGAGGCGAGAAGACUUCAGCCUGAGGCUGCUGACCCAGUUCCCCAAUGCUGAGAAGAUGACCAGCACCACACCCCCAGGGGAGGAAAUCAAGUGCUCUGCAAAGCAGUACAUGCAGUGUUUCACCGUCAAGCCAGUGAUGAGUCUGCCGCCCGGCUAUAAGGAUAAACCAGUUCCGGAGCAGAUCUUAAACUACUACAGAGCCAAUGAAGUACAACAGUUCCAAUAUUCCCGGCCGUUCCGCAAAGGAGAAAAGGAUCCAGACAAUGAAUUUGCUACCAUGUGGAUUGAAAGGACUACAUAUACGACUGCAUACACCUUUCCUGGGAUUCUCAAGUGGUUUGAAGUCAAACAGAUUUCAAUGGAGGAAAUCAGCCCUCUGGAGAAUGCCAUCGAAACCAUGGAGCUCACCAAUGAGAGGAUCAGCAACUGUGUUCAGCAGCAUGCCUGGGACCGGUCCCUCUCUGUGCAUCCUCUCUCCAUGCUGCUCAAUGGCAUUGUAGAUCCGGCUGUCAUGGGGGGAUACUCCAACUAUGAAAAGGCCUUUUUUACAGAAAAGUACUUGCAGGAACAUCCUGAAGACCAGGAGAAGAUUGAGUUGCUAAAGAGACUGAUAGCGCUACAGAUGCCCCUGCUGACAGAGGGUAUCCGCAUCCAUGGGGAGAAACUGACAGAGCAGCUCAAACCGCUGCACAACCGCUUGUCCUCUUGCUUCCGGGAACUCAAGGAGAAAGUGGAAAGACUCUAUGGUGUUAUCACAUUGCCACCCAACUUGACAGACAGGAAGCAAAGCCGCACAGGGUCCAUCGUGCUACCCUACAUUAUGUCAUCUACACUACGGAGAUUGUCAGUCACCUCAGUGACGUCCUCUGUGAUUUCCACUUCUUCUAACUCAUCUGAUACCACUUCUUCCAGACCAGGAUCCGAUGGGUCCAUCCUGGAGCCACUUCUGGAGCGCAGGGCCUCGUCAGGUGCCAGAGUUGAAGACCUGCCCCUCAAAGAGGACAGUGAGAACCGGAUCAGCAAGUUCAAGAGAAAAGAAUGGAGCCUGAGCAAGUCCCAGGUCAUCGCAGAGAAAGUGCCAGAACCUGAUCUGAUGAGUCCAGCCAGAAAAGCACAAAGGCCAAAAAGUCUCCAGUUGUUGGACAAUCGGCUAACACCAUUUCAUGGUUCUUCACCUCCUCUGUCAACCACCUUGAACCCGCCUCCACUCACUCCUAAAGCUAUCAGGACCCUAAGCUCCCCAUCUUUGCAGACAGAUGCGUUGAUGACUGCUUCUUUGCCACCUCCCCCGCCCCCCAAAAGCAAGCCCUAUGAGAGCAGCCAGAGGGACUCCACGGAGAUUGCUCCCCCUUUGCCAAUGCGAAGAGAAGCCCAAGUCCCACCCCCACCACCUCCCAAAGCUCGGAAAUCUGGCAUCCUUUCUUCUGAGCCUGGACCCCAAUAAGGAUCUUGUACUCUCUCUGAAACUCAGAGCACCUUGGACAGCUGAUGCCUGAGAGCUGGCCUCCAGGAGGCAGAGUCCUGGUCGUACCAGGCCCCCUGCGGACAGCCUUUCCUGUUCUGGGAUGAGGUUCGCCAGUUCAUAACUGGUUUUGUUCUUUCCUACCUUCUGUUUGAUCCAUGCCUGAGGCCAUGCGACAGCUUUAAUUCACGUGGAAUUCCACAGUUCACCCAGUCCUGUGCACUUCUCACAGGAGGAGCCGCCAGGCCUGUGAGAGCCUGGAUGAGUUCUUCCGUGGUGGUGGUCACAGAGAACCCUAGAAACCCACCCUUUGUGUGGAUUUCUUGCUUUGCUUCUGAAAAGUUGUGCUUGAGGCUUACUUUUCUCACAUGGACAUCUUCGAUCCCAUGUAACAUAGUGGGAGAGACUGAUAUCAAGUACUUUGGUAACUGAAAUAAUCAUCUUUCUAAUGUCUACUGUGUUUUUUGAGGAAAAGAACAUCUUUUUAAUGAAGACUGGCUGCUUUGAAGUAUGAAUGGCUGUCAGUUAUUGAAAACCAUGGAUUCCUGUGAGCCCUGAGCUCCUGUCCCCCACCGCACACCCACUUGUGUAAUGGGGAAGCUGUCCGUGCUUCGCCCAGGAGUCCCUCACACUCCCCAUUAUGACCCUCCCUGCACAGCACUGGCACCUUACUGCUGUGGACGUGUUUGAAAUCCUUUCUUUUGCACAGUUACUUGUCCUGUUUACCUCUUCUGAGCUCAAAUCACUGGAUAUAAGGGACUUAGAAGCCCAGUGUCAACAGUUUCUCUUCCAGCCCCCAUUUGGAUGGCUCGGCAGCCGCUAUCUGCAGCCUGGUUUUACCCUGAGAAUACAGUGCAAUACUGCCUUUUGAUUAUUUAUUCCUCUUGAUUGUGGAUUUAAUCUGAUUAUGUGUUUGUGGUACUAAUGUGAUUUAGGAGAUCAAACUUUACCUACACACAUCAACAGCCACACAAAGUUAAAGACAUUUUGAGCUAGGAAGACCUUAAAAGUCAUACAAACAACCUCCUUAUUUUAUAGAUAAGGAAACUGAGAUUGAACACAGAUAAUCCUACUACAGACUCUUACUAACAACCCAGUUUGCUAAAUGAGGCCAUAGCCAGGUAGCACAUGUAGGAGACAGUGCUGACAAACUAACUCACACCCUUAGUUGGAGCAAGAAUGGAAAUGGCCCAGGUUUUUCUAUACUACAUAGGUGUUUAUGGCCAAGUAGACAACCUGUUGACUGUGGAUCCUCUAGGUCACCAUGUGGGGGGCUCAGCAGGGUCCCUUCUACACGUGGCCCAGUCCCCUUUCCUUUGAGACAGAGAGCAGAGAUAUCACCUCUGAGAAUUUGGAUUUGCUUGCCUGCAUCUAUGUGCAUGCUUGCCUGACCACCCCUCUUUUAGGAGCGAUGUAUUGAUUCAUCACAGGGUCAGGGAAGUAAACCUGUGAGACUGCCCUGCGUUCCUCAAAAAAUGAAUACACAUAGGGAAAAGUGGGGAAAGGGUUAGGUUUUACUCGCCUGGGAGAACCUACAGUGUGGUAUGAUGGGAAGCGCCUGGGCUUUGGAAGUAAACCCAUUUGGUUUGAAAUCAUCAAACUCCCUCAAAUUAUUUGAAAUGUUCUGAGUUUUUGUUUCCUCACUUCUCAAAAAGGGGAUCAUAUUUGCCACACAGGUGGUUGGGAGAUUUAAAUGACAUCAAAUAUGUGAAGUGGUAGAUACUCACCAAAUGGUCCUUUCUUUUCUCUGCUCGACCAGAGUAAGGUCUGGGCUCCCUAAGAGCAUUAUCGAUCGUCUUUUUAAGAUCAUCUGUAAUGUGAAUGCAGGUUGGUUCUGCACAUACAGUUGGUCUCUAGAAGAUGACAGCUUUUGGGACCUUUUACAUCAUUAUUUAUGACCAGAGACAUGGUGUUAAUAAGAACUGAAGAGGACUGUAAGUGGAAAGAACUCAAGAGAAUGAAGGGAGGGAAUAAAAAGGGGAACAGAAAGGCCAUGCAGGGCUUAGGCACAGUCUGAAGACACUUCUGAGAAACUGCUCCACACACUGGCUGGAGGGGGAUUCACUUCUCGGGCUGCCAUUAAAAUAGAAAGAUGUAAGCUGGGUUACAAAAGAAUAAAGUCCUUGAGCACGUUCCUUCAGAGUGGUGGAAGUGAGUCUUGCAGUCUGGUGUUCGAUCAGAGGCUGGGGAGACCUCAUACACACAUGGCAGAUACCUUCUCUUCUUCAAUAUAACAUUUUCUCAUGAUUCCCUUCCCACAUGAAUGGAAAUACUAGGUCUCUCCUGCCUGAACAGAAAGGAUUCCAGGUAAUGUGAGUAAUAUAUGACAGGGGACAUUGGAAGGUUCAUCUUCUUGGGAAGCUAUUUGUAGGAAAGAGUUUUGUUUGACAAAACAUCAUGAAUAGUGUGUGUCCUGAAGUCACAGGAAGACUGCAAAGAAAUGCCUUGAUUCUGUUAAUCAUAGGAGAGAUGAGAGGCGGGGAUAAAAUGAGAAAGCACUGUUUUUUAUGUUUCUUAAGAAGAACUCUUUAGUAUAUUGGAAGAGAUUGAAAUUAGUCCCAAAUUAUCACAGCCUUUGUGAAUAUUGGCUUAUGGGGUAUUUUUUGUAAUCUCUUCUUUAUCUGUCCUGGUGACUUCUUGCUUUGAGGUCUUUUUUCAAGAAUUGUUUCAACAUAUAUUAGGCUGUUACUAAAUGACAGGCACUGUACCACACCCUCAGGAUGUGGAAGUUCGUUGUCUUCAUUGGGAACAGCCCCAGUAUACAAAGAUUAUGGUGUAUUGUGGGAUGGGAAGAGAGUGGUAUUGAAGAAAAGUGAACCCCUAAAUAGAUAAAUUUACUGGGUCAUGCUGUUCUACCCCCCUCACCUUCACACCUUGACUCCAGAAUUGUAGUAAUUUUCUAUCAUGGAGACCCCUCAACUCUGCUGUCACUGCAAAUCCCUAAGAAAAAGAGCUAAAGCAGAAUUUGAUAAUCUACCUUUGUUAGCUCUUUCCAAGCUGCAGGAGCCCUUCCCUCUAGCUGCAUGGGGUCACUUCGUAUUUUAAAAUCAAGACAUAACUUUCAUACAGUUAAGUGCACAAAUCUCAGUGUACAGAUGGAUGAAAUUGAACAGUGGUACACACAUCACCACCUCUCAGAUCCAGACACAAUUGACUUCAAAUUCCUUUCCUCUCACUCUUGGGUAUAAUGAAAAAGAAAGAAAAACCCCACCAUCAAGAAACAAUAGCAUACUUCUUGGCAAGUCAAUAUAUAGUCAGUUCUUGGACCUCAAUUUCCUCAUGUAAGAAAACACAUUUUUGAGGUUACAUGAUUUAUAGAAUCUUUUCAGCUCUAGUUUUCUUUUAUUCUAAGUGAAUGAAAGAGUCAAAAAGAAACUGAGUUUCUGUAGACUUUUAGGUCUAUGCACCAUGACCAAGUGGGAUUUUAAAAUUAAGUUAAAAAGGUAAGUUUGUCUUUGGGUGGGUUGAGUGGAACAUCACUUUUAAUCUACAAAAGGAAAACGUUUUUCUCCACAUUGAUGAUUUCAGACUGAUUCUUAAUCCAGCCAAAGCUGCUCCCUGGUAGCCCUGCCCACACUCACUCUCCAGUAAGGUUUUGAGUUGUUCAUUUCAACUUGUCAAAGCUCUGUUGCCAUGAUUUUGUAAACUACUUGGGUUUCGAACGUGGACAGGAAGAUGUGCAUUGAAGUAGAAAAAUUUUGUUCAGAUUUGCUGUUAUUUAUUUUUUAAAUUAAAAAUGGAAAAUGUAUUUUAAAGUUUCUUACAUAAGUGUUUAGUUUGUU